UCGGUCACCAGACUCUACCUGUUUGCUGCUCUUGUCCUGGCCCUGGUGGCAGCCUUAGCUCAAGUGGAUGCCCAGAAGAUGAGAGGGGCCCAGUAUGGCACUCACCAUCGGACCCGCCAUUCCAACAGCUUCCUCCAGCGUUCCACGUGCCCUUUCAGCUGCCAUCUUCAGUCUCCACAGAAACAGCAUCAAGUGUGUGGAGCCAGGCGACUGGAAGCCGGCAGCACAAGCUGUGGGUCGGAGAAGACUACGGCCUGGGCAGAAUCUCCCCACAGGAUGGACUCACUACAGAAGCAGGAACUUCGGAGGCCAAAGAUUCAUGGGGCGGUCCAGAUGUCCCCCCACCAGCCACCCACACUGGCCUCUCUGCAGCGAUUGCUGUGGGUCCGUCGGACCGCCACACUGACCCACAUCAAUGAGGUCUGGCCCAACCUUUUCUUGGGAGAUGCGUAUGCUGCCAGAGACAAGGGUCGUCUAAUCCAGCUGGGCAUUACCCAUGUUGUGAAUGUGGCUGCUGGCAAGUUUCAGGUGGACACGGGUGCCAAAUUCUACCGUGGCACACCUCUGGAGUACUAUGGCAUCGAAGCCGACGACAACCCCUUCUUUGACCUCAGCGUCCACUUUCUGCCUGUUGCUCGUUACAUCAGAGAUGCCCUCAGUAUUCCCCGAAGCCGAGUGCUGGUCCACUGCGCUAUGGGGGUGAGCCGCUCUGCCACAAUUGUCUUGGCCUUCCUCAUGAUCUUUGAGAACAUGACGCUGGUAGAUGCCAUCCAGACGGUGCAGGCCCACCGAGAUAUCUGUCCCAACUCAGGCUUCCUCCGACAGCUCCAGGUUCUGGAUAACAGGCUGAGGCGGGAAACAGGGAGACUCUGAAGUAGGGAGCCCCUGAAGCCCUGACCCCUCCAUCCAGCCUGGCCUAACCUGACCUACCUGGCCCUGGGAAUGGUAGCCUCUGCUGUUUCCAGAGAUCCUGAGAUGGCACCAGCAAGUCAGGGCUCUGCUGAGGCAGAGGCAGGGUGGCUGGGUGGCACCCCUCAGCAAGUGGAGUCCCCUGACACAGUACAGAAACUCUUUAUGCAGAAGAAAUUUCAGACUGUCUCUAUAAUAAAAGUUUCAUCUUAAUAAA